GGAGGACUGGCCAAAUUAGCUAUACAAGCAGAAAUGGAAGAUAAUGAACAGCUGUGUCUGAAGAGCUCAUGAGUGCAGCUUUGGAAGCUCUCACCAGGGAGCUGAAGAAAAGGGUCUGGCCUUCUGAAGAAGGUUGCUAAGAAACAGAUUUCAGAUGCUUCUUGAUUCUAUGAAGAGGAGACACACCCAGAAGGAAAUGAUCAGAAUGAAUGCCAAUGCUUCUCUCAGUGUGUGUUCUCAGGAGACUUGUCAGAGCUGAUGUAGGUUCAUUUUCCUUGCCUGUAUUCCAGGAGGGUAUGAUAGUAAAGGGAAAUGCUUCACAUAUUAAUCUCCUGUUUGCCCUCAGACUCAUAUUGUGGAUAAUUACUAGAAGCAUGCGCCCAGAUAAAAGCUCUACAAAAUGUGUGGGUCUCCUUUAAAUAGAUUAUUAAGAAUCCCCACAACAAUAUCAAAGCUGUCCUCCAACUUUCCUGAAUAACUAUCCCAAGGAUGUCAGAGUUGGAGAAAGCCUUCCGUAAAUUUGCCACAUACGGUGACACGGCUGCCACUGGCAAUGAUAUGACGGGCAAGAACUUCUCCAAGAUGUUGAAAGAUUGUGGUGUGAUGGAUGGGAAGGCCGUGACCAGCACCGAUGUCGAUAUUGUGUUCAACAAAGUCAAGACCAAAGGCGCUCGCACCAUCAACUUUGCUGAGUUCCAGCAGGCCAUGAAGGAGCUGUGUGGCAAGCGGUUCAAGGGCAAGUCUCCUGAGGAGGCCCUGCAGGCUGUAUAUGCACUGAUGGAGGGCAAGGAACCAGCCAACGUGGGUGUAACGAAAACCACCACAGCUGGUGGGGUUGAUAGACUGACAGACACCAGCAAAUACACAGGCUCCCACAAGGAACGGUUUGAUGAGAGCGGCAAGGGGAAAGGGAUAGCUGGCCGUGAAGACGUGACCGAUGGCAGUGGCUAUGUUGGGGCCUACAAGGGAGCUGGCACCUAUGACAAGAAACACUAGAGCUGACACUGCACCUUAGGGAGCCCUACACCCUGUCCUCUCCUGUAACCUAGGAGGGAGGCCAUUAAACAUCUCAUGCUCAUUGCACCUUGGCGCGCGCGCGUGUGUGUGUGUGUUAUUUCUGGGGGAAUACCGCGCCACUCCAUGCACACAGAAUUAAUGUCCCCUACAGAUGUCUUUGCUUCUCUGCAGAAAAAAUGACUUCUCACAAGGAAGCAAAGGGAAGUCUUGAAUAGUCACGUGCCUCUCCCCAGCACCACAAGUGUGUCCGUUCGGGCACCUGGAACAAUGGCAGAGAGAGAAAUUACUGUAGGGGUGGGGGAAGCUGAGGAUGACCUGGCUGAAGGCUCCUACCCUGUGCUGAGCUCAGCUGCUAGUUCCGGCUGGGUUGGAGGAGGAUGGGACUUCCUCUUCCCUUCACAGGGCAGCUGGGUUGGGGCUGGGUCAGAUCUACCCCCAGGAACCUUCCCCCGGCUGCAGAAAGCUCUGCACUCUCCCCUCCACUGUCUGCCCCACAUCGUUCCUCAGCCAUGGGGGAGAGGUCACUGUACAGAGAGCUGCUCCCCCAUCUGUCCAACCCCCAUGCAUCCAGCCCAUACCCACAUCCUCCCCACUGAACCCCUCUACACCCAAACCCCCACCCCGCCGAGCCUCAUUCCCUGCAUCCGGAGCCCACCCCUGCA